AUGUUUUCCAUACGGACAGCCGCGAGAGGCAUUUCAAGCUUUCGGGCCUUUUCCACGGCCCGAGUGCUGCAAUCGGACCUGGCAUAUCAAGUGUUUGGCCCGGAAAAUGGCCAAUCCGUCCGAAACCCGAUCCUAAUCCUCCACGGGCUUUUUGGAUCGAAACAGAAUAAUCGGAGUAUUGGAAAGGCCCUGGCCCGAGAUCUGAAAUGCCAGAUCUUUGCCCUGGACUUACGGAAUCAUGGCCAGUCCUUCCAUGCCGCGGAGCACAACUACAGCGUCAUGGCCGAGGACAUACAAGAGUUUAUCCAACAGCAGAAGCUGGACAAGUGUGUCCUGAUUGGACACUCCAUGGGCGCCAAAGCUGCAAUGGCAGUCGCCCUACUGUCACCCGAUCGAGUCUCAGCUUUGAUCCCGGUUGACAACGCCCCAGUGAAUGCCGCACUGAAGAGCGACUUCCCCAAAUAUGUCCGCGGUAUGCAGAAGGUUGAGGCUGAGAAGGUCUCCAAGCAAUCUGAUGCCAACAAGAUUCUUGAAGACUACGAAGAGUCCCUCCCUAUCCGCCAAUUCCUUCUUACCAAUCUGGUCCGCUCAGAAGAAGACAACACGCUUAAAUUCCGCGUGCCACUAUCAGUGAUCGGCCGUUCUCUCGACAACAUGGCCGAUUUCCCCUUCAAGGAAUCAGAUAACCUUAAAUACGACGGCCCAACGCUGUUCGUCCGUGGGACUAGAUCUCAAUACGUUUCCGACGAUACCAUGCCGGCUAUUAAGAAGUUCUUCCCCAACGCGCAAAUCGCCGAUGUGGAAGCUGGCCACUGGCUUAUUUCUGAGAACCCUGAAGCUUUCAGACAAGCUGUCGUGAAGUUUUUAGAAAAGGUUUAA